UUAGCCCGCAAGUACGGAAAAGCUCCCCAGAUCGUGUAUGCAACGCGGACCCACGGACAGAUGACGCAAAUCGUCAACACGCUUCGCGAGUCACCCUACCGAUCUUUGUCGUUACAGUGCGUUGGCUCUCGUAGUAAUGCCAAACUGUGUGCGAACACAAAUUAAGGCAACCAAGAGAGCAUCCCCAACAUCAACAGCAACAUGUUGAAUAUGAUCACCUUCGGCGUCUUUUUCAAGGGGAAAAAGAAGUGUCCAGGAAAAAGCGUGCUCUCAUCAAGGAAGAUGCAAACGCGCUAAACAACAAUCCGAGGAGCGGGCAAGUCAGCUGUCACUGACUGUCGGGCUGCGGUCCGUGCUUGGUGGGAGAAAGAACUCACCAAGUCGGACAAAGUCGAUAUGGCAGCAAAUUUCGGUGCACUGUUGAAAGACACUAGUAGGAGGACAGCGAGGACAGCCGAUUCAUCUGGUAAUCAUGGUGUUAGUGGCUCGUCCGAAGGUAAUAAUAUUAGCUCAUCUACUACAGGUGAAGCUCCAAGUACCUUCGAAAGUGAGUUAGAUGCUGACGCUGUAGAAGGAGAUAGAGGAGAGGACAAUUAUAAUAUGGUGGAAGGGCAUGAUCCUGAUCAAGAAGAAGGUGGAAACGAUGAGACCACACCAGAUAAUAUCAGAAGUAGAAGUAGAAGUACAAAUACGGCGAGAAAAAAGUCCUCAAGAGCAGCAUGUGGCGAUACGACAACAGGCAGCUGCUCCACCGGGCC